AAAUAAUAAAAUGUUUUUUUAUUAUUAUUAUUUAACAUUGUAGAUUUUAGCGUUUUGAUAUUGGAAACAAAUCCCAUUGGCAUUUCAUGUUUGGUUUUUACGAAGCCUUUUCUUCGUAUGUCUUAAUGCAGUAAAGAGACUUGAUUUUUUUUUUUUUUUUUUUUUUAAUGGAACAACUUUGUUUCGUUUACAACGCAUUUUCUCAUGUCAAAUCUUAACGCAUCUCUGUAUAUAUAUAAGAAGACAACUCGCUUUGAGUUUUUUUGCGCCCCCUCUCUCCACCCCCUCUUUUGUUCCAAAAAGAGCGAGCUGUCUUGACAAAUCAAGAAUGUGGUUGCAGAGAGACAGCUGAAAAGAACCGAGCGAGUGAAAAAGAAAACGGACAUGUCGCAACGAGACGCCUCUUGAGUUUAAAAUAACGAAAAAAAAGAGAAACGUUUUUAGUCAUCAUUUAUUUUUCAAGAGAGCAACAUCAUUCUCGCGCAGGACUAUAACCGCAUUGAACCGCGGGACUGUACUUACAGCGCCGUUCCAAUUUCUGACUGAAAUCUGAAAAUCUUGCAAAAGAACGCACCGUGGCUCAUUCUUUGAAAAGGAACAUACCCCUCCAAAAACAUUAUUUUGAUCCGUUUUCAUAAACAGCGGGACAUCUAUGGAUGGCACCAAUUCGUGGAUGCAAUUGCUUUUUUAAUUGGACAGUUUGGAUUUCGUUGUUCACGAGUUUAUUUUAUUUAACAGAUAUCUUUUAAAAUAUUUUGUAUUUUGGGGCGUGUAAUAUGUUUGCCGGCCCUCACCCUCUGGUUAACAUCCUGACUGACGGGACGUCUUUAGAUUAGAGACGUGUGUCUUUGACAAUCGGAUAUGUUUCUGUAUUUACUUUAUAUAUAUAUAUAAGAAAAAGGGUAUUUCUUUCAAAUUCUCAUUAUGAAGCCGAUUUGCAUUGCAUGGUGAAAACAGAUUGUCUUGGAAGGAGGAUUCGCGUAAAGAAAUUAGCCUACGUAUUUCCUUAAUUCCGAAGCACAAUAACAAGACUGCGGUAAAGAAAACGGUGAAACUGUACCAUCAUAACGGGAAUAUACCGACUGCGUCUGGGAUGUGGAAUUCGUUUGUCUAUGUUGUGGUAGUAUACACGUGUAAUAUCUGACCGCCAGACUCGCCAAGACUUCAACUAACUCUGUGUACUUUACAAAUAUUUCUGCAGUGCUUCUGUAUCAACAACUCGCUGCUGGAUGCGGUAAACGUUUUUUGAGGACUGGUAAUCCGUAUAUCCCUCCACCCAAAACGCAAGCAAUAGAGGUCCAGUAACACCACCACCAACUACCUGCCUUCAUCAACUCCCUUAAAAUGACUUCGCCCCCCUUACCAGAAUGGAAGGUCCAGCUACUGGAGAGGAAGAGGAGGGAGGAAGAGACGAGCCGCCAACGAGAGAAAGAUCAGGAGGAGCGGCUGGCCAACAUGCCAGCCUGGAAGAGGGAGAUAAUCGAGAGACGCAAAGCCAAGCAGGGGGCAUUGUCGGGGGGCAAUGCCAGUGCCGGUGCCUCUGAACCCGAGGUCAGCACAGCGAACUGUGUCCCUCAUCCCCUGGAAACCUCCCAAAGAAACCUAGAGCAGAAUAAAGCCGAGGAACACAAGGAGGAAGACUGUACAGUUUUGAGGGAGACAAUUGCCCCCAUUCACCAGAACCCCUUUAUCAAACUGCAGAGAAACCAGAAGAAUCAGCUGCUGGAGCAGCCCUGUCCCACAAAGGACGAUGAUGUAACCAGCUGCAGGGUUAAACAGAUCGGCGAUACUUACGGCCACAUUAUUCCCUGUGUCAGGACAAUCCAAGCGGAAAACAUCAUCAUUAUCAAAUCCGAGGACGCUCCUGUUGUUGGCAGACCACUUCCCGAGCAGGUGUUGAAAUCGCAGGGUGCUGAAGGGCACUGGAGCAGUCGGAUCGCGGGGGAUAGUUGCGUGACAGAAAUCCGCGCCUCUGAGAUCCUGAUUAUCAAGUCCUCUCUGAGCCACAGUGUGGGAGAUCUCAAUUCCCUCGUCGAUGGUGGACUGUUACCAGAGGAAGGGGGCAAGGAGCAAGGGAGAGUCAGCCAGCUUUUAAGCAAGUUUGGCGGGCAGGAGUGGAACCCAGGCCGGCCAAGCCGUUCCAGGAGCACCGAAAACAUCCUCAUGGACAAUCAGAAACACCAAACCCCGCACAGCUUCCUUCCUUCUUCACAAUGGGAAGCAACAAAGGUGGACGGAAAAGGGAAAAAGUCAGCCGCUAACCCUCCUGGUGGUUCUAACACCUUGCCCCAGGAUGCUCCCUUGGACAGAGCUCCACAUCGCACAGUGGUGGCUGGCUAUCGGAGUCAGUUUGAAACCACAUCGUGUGACACAAAGAGACACGAGCCCCCUGGGAGAUCUCUAAGCUACCCCAGCAGCAGCAGCAGCAGCAGCAGUGACUCCAGUAACUCUAUUAACAGCCAGCACAAGCACAGUGAGUUGUAUAUACAAUCCCAUAAUGAAGUCACUAAAGUAAGAACCACUGCAAUUCCCAGGCAGUACCCUCCCAUUGAUGAUGUGGUCAUCCCAGCGGAGGAAUUCAAUCCCAUUCCCAACACUGGUCUAAGGCAAGGUGCCAGUGACGAGGCUGCAGAGCCUAUCUUACCUGAUCUUUCUGUCCUCGGAGGCCGCGCAGCUUCAAAGGAAGCCAGCGACUGGGGGGCUUUCCAAAUCAAGCCAGCUCCCAGCCCGGAUUUCUCCCAAAUCCCAGAAGGUGACGUCCAAGCUCUGGCCCUGGCGAACCUCCGAGCACAAUCCCGUAACUCCUUUGUGGUGAUCCCAAAACGACCUCCCGGAAAAGAAGAAGAAGAAGAAGAAGAAGAAGGCCAAAGAGACUUCCACCAAAAACAGAGCCAGCACCUAAAGCAGAUUCCCCAUUCAGAGGACACCCACCAGCCUGUCUCCUCCUCCUCCUCCUCCUCCCCCCAGCCCCCACGUCCCCCUCCCUCCCCUGCCUGCCACACUUUUGACUCCUUGCCACAACAAAAGCAAGAGGCAGGGGGAGAAGGGGCGGAGGCUGCUGUGGAGACUGCUGCCGCGGCGACCGCCUCCUCUUUCAAACAGGAAAUGGGCGUCCCUCAUCAGCUGCCCUGCUUGUCGGUUUCCUGUCCCUGCCUUCCUUCAGAACCACUGCAAGCUUUAUCUGAGACGAGCCCUGCUGCCUCUCCUGCAGUGGUUUGGGCUGAUAACGCGGAAGAGGCCGGUACGAGAGAGAGCCAUCCUCACGCAGUCGCUGCUCCCCAGCCCCGCGAUGACACAACUUCUUCCACAAAGGAUCCAGACGCCCUUUUAGGAUCAGAAGGGACAACCGACAGCAACAUGAGUCGCAUUUAUAAUCUGAAGCCGGUGGUGACUAGGACUAAAAACCCUCCCCCAGGUGCUGCCUCUGUUCCUGCUCCUACAGCUGGUUUUCAACCAGAAAGCAGCCGCUCUCCUUUCACUGUCAGACCUACCGCUUCUACUGGUCCUGCUCUGCCUUCAGGGGCAUCUCUCUGUGGCCGGCCAGAAGGGGCGGAGGGACUCUCCCUACAGCACAAUUCUCAAGGGCCAAAGGAAUGUGCGCCCUUCAGGAGUUUAGGCAGGGGGCACACAAGGACCGGGGCCACUACAUUCCCACCUAAAGUGGCUGUAACAGCCCCAGAGCCUGCGAUCAAACUCUCUACCGCCCCCGCGAUGCAGAGAAAGGGCAAUACCAUUACUAUUAAUCCAAGGAAAAUGGCAGGCAGUGCCAACAGUGCUGGGGUUGGUAAAACAGCACCCCCUACUGUCGGGGCAGCAGCUGUGGAGAACGGGGGUGUUGCAGAAGGGGCGGAGAAUAAGAAGCGAUACCCCACGGUGGAGGAGAUACGGGUCAUUGGAGGCUAUUUGUCAUUAGACAAGUCCUGUCUGGCGAAAGGCGAUACGAAUCGGAAAAAGCUGCGCAUCUCAUUCAGCGACUCCCGGCUGGAGACCAUGUUCGAGUACCCUUCGGAGAGCUCUCUGCUGGCCGAGCUGGGAUUGGACGACGAGCCCGAGGCCCCGCCCCCUGGCCCGCCCGCAGCCGAGGAAGAGGAAGAGGAGGAGACGGUCAUGUUCACCCACAGGGUCAUUCCGGGGUCACCCACCGGUCGGGCUAAACCACUCCUUGUAGAUGAAUCCUGUCGACGAUAACAACAGCUGGGAUUAUCUUUACUUCUUAGAACAAAUUCUAUCAGCUUUGCUUUUUAUAUAAAGAAUGAUGGGAUUUUUCUUGAAAGUGAUCCUUGUACAUUUUUGUACUAUUUGGUUUCCCACCUGCUUGCUGUCCUGUUGUGUGUGGCCUGUAUGCUUCUCUGUUGCUUUUUUGGUCCAGGCUUACCAACUAUUCCAUCAGAAACUGCUUCUGAAAAGGUUACUGAAGGCUAUCCAUGGGGAGUAAACAAAGCAAAUAAUGAUCUCAGUUAAACAACAAUAGAGGCUCGUGCAAAACACACAAUAGGAUAAUAAACAAGAAAUCUAAUACUAGGGAAAUGGAGAUGGUAUAAAGCACCCUUUAAUGGAAAUGAAAUGUCAAAUGAAAUGACUAGAAAAGGAGUGAGGCGACAAAUUCGAUUUUUUUUUUACCCACUAUGGAACUAUGAUCCUAAUCAACCUUUGACCGCCAGUGGAGGACCUCCAGCCAGUUGGCUAUCCCACAACCCUCCACAAGUUGAAACAUGGAUAAAAUUUCAGGGAACAACCACUGUACUUGCAGGACAGGUUGCUCGAGAAAGAUCUUUGCAUUUAUUGAAGAGUGGCCGAUGGGAUCAUUGAAAUGAAAAAAAAAACUGUGAAAUUGUGAGCAUCGUGAGAGCGCCAUCUGGUGGAUUUGUGCCGCUACUACACCUUCAGCUAUUAGGAAGAUUUGCAUCACCUUGAAUUUUAGACAUAUCAUUAAAGAAAUAAUAAUAAUAGAAAUAUAUAUGAAGCAAAAUUAGUUAAUUCUGUACGGUGCUGCAAAAUUUUUGGUCAUAUCCAUACUCUAUGAUUCUUAUCAUUGAACUUGGAACAAAGCCUUUGAAGUCUAAAAAUAACUAAUCUCCAAAAUAUAGUUGAUAGUUUGCUUGAAUUCUUCCGUGAUAUGUUCAGGGAUACCCAGAUGUUUAUUAAGAAAGGAAGCCCAUGUGUUCUAUUGAUUCAUAUGGAGUAAGCAGGGUUACGAAUGGAAAGCGAACAGGUGUGUGAAUAUGUGUGAGUGAAAAAGAAAAGAGGCAAUUGAAACUCCCACAAUCAGCCCUUUAAUAAAUGUGUCUUUCGACGCACUGUAUAAACACAAAUAUAUUUUGCACUUAUAUAGAUAGAAUUUGUUAGUAGCUUUUUUUAAAAUACAAAAACUACCCAUUCAGAAAGAAUAUAUAUUUUAAUUAUAUCUUUGGAAAACAUAUGAUUCAUUCCCCCCCCCCCCCCCCCCC